CUCCUAGCGGACAACCUGAACAAGCGACAUGCUGAAACAAGGGACCUGAUUAAGCCGCCUGGUUCGAAAACAACAAACUUGACAACCCAUUGGGUUGAGACCUUCUGCUCCAAAAUGUCUAAGUACCCAGGCCGACUACUGUCAUUUGGUAGCGACCCGAAUAAACACGACAUUGCAAUCCCACUAGAAGAAUAUGACGGACACGACAUUCAAUGGAGUCAGAAACACUGCCCGGACCACGACUCCGAAUUCCAGGACCUCUGGUCACGAAUAACAGCAGCGAAGCGGUUCGAGGCGGCAAGUUUGAAAAACGGGUUGACUCUAAGGAGUUUUACCAGCGCGGGGAAACCAGCAGUACUUGGUGACAUCUACACCUCGACGGAACACAUGUUGUUUGAAAAGACGAUGAGAUUUUACGCCGUGAAGAAGCAGUUGCCCUUUCCUGAGGAUAGAGGAGCAAGUCCUGACGUUGCCAAGAGGAGGCUGGACAGAGAAUGUGCAAUCCACAAAGCCCUCCUUGGAAAAUCGGACAACAUCAUCAAGUUCCACAUGUUUAUCGGAAGCGCAACUAAUAACCUCGACGACGUGGUGACCGAUGCGCUUGUGUUCGACGCCUAUCCGCUCAACCUCGAAACCCUCAUCGUCUCUUCAAUUACUCACAACGCAGCUCCUCCCAUGCACAACUGCUCGCGUCCGUCUAGUAAGCCCCGCAAGAGUUUUGCUGAGGAUUUGCUUCUGGACUGCCUCCAGGGCCUCAAAGCCCUGCACGAGUCGCGUAUCGUUCACAACAAUAUCCGACCUAGCAGCAUAAUGGUCAGAGUAGUGCCAGGUCCGGGCCCGGAUCAUGUCCCAAAGUACAGCUUCUCCCUCGGGGGCUUCGGGUUUGCACAAAUUAUUACAAGUGGUGAGACCGGGGGUCUAGGCCUAUUUGCGAUGGACCAGGACGACAGCCACUUCCAUGCGCCAGAAAAUGCAAUGGGGCUUGUUGCUAGUAACUCUGAUAUCUGGAGCCUCGGUGUACUUAUGGCCAAGGUGCUGCGCCUUACGUGUGAGAGAGAGCACAGGCAGGAGGAGGGAAAGUGGCUCGACAAGAUCCAGAACCUGGUGAAAGACGGGCAUUCUUUGACGAGCGCCGCCUGGCGCAGAGAGUACCCUCAGCUGACCGACUUUAGACCCAUAAUCUCCACAACGACCGACUCCGAAAGAGCUAAAGAGACACGACAUAUGAUCGUCCGGUGGGGCAGGCGGAUGGCCUGGCUCGCCGAACAGAAAGGUUUCCUCCCCCCCUUCUUCAAGUAUAUGCUGAUCAUAGACCAUGUAAAACGUUACAAUGCGGCCGAGUGUCUCCAAAAGUUCAAAUGGUACAUUGAAAAUAAACUGCUUUGGACUGGAACAUGGGUGGAAAAUCUGGGUGUGGAGGAGAUCAAGGUGGCGAAGGGCAAUGGUCCACAGAUGAUAGAUGGCGCGAAUUUUUAUCCGUCUUAUUAAGUUACUAAGGCAGGUAGGUAGGCAGGGUAGUAGUCGGGGUAGCGACAAGCAAGAGAAUAACACCUGGCAAUAUGGUGAUAUGCUGGAACAGAGUCUGCGCCAGUCGGCCGACAGAGACUUGGGCAUGAUGGGCCGACAGGAAGGACGGAGGUUCGGUACUAUAAAUAGAGCAUAAAGCGCCG